AUGUCGCCACCAAACAAACUUGGAGAACACAUAUCGUCACAUAACUCAUACUCGGAGGCCGUCCAGCGGAUCGUCAUGAACCGGUGCAAUAAUGAUCGCAGCGCAGCAUCCGCGCGCUAUCUGGAACGGUGGUCGCCCAUCAAAAGGUCGUCAAGCGCGCGCGGAGCCAUAAAAACGCAGGUGUCCCGACAAUGUAACACCACUUUAAUGGAGUCCGGAAUGCGGUCCCUAGCGCGGGCGCGUUUCAGUGACGAA